CCAGGAUAGGAAAAAAAAAACAAUUAAAAAAAUAGCCUUUGGGAACUGUCUUAGAGUAAAAGGCCAGGGGCAGCCAAGUGACCUCCAGCAAGUGGCCUUCAGGCUCCACCCUGCCUGCCGUGAGCCCCGCCCUCACCCUCAGACACCUACGUUCCUGCUCCUGCCCUGCCCUCUUCUCCUGCCCCGCCCUCGGCUCCAUCCCCUGUCCUGGUUCCACCCUGCCACCGGCCUGGAGGGUGGGCCUGCUCUGGCCCGCCCCACCUCUGCCCUGCCCGUGCUCAGCAGCAUGCCCAAGCCCCCUGGCCAAGCUGCCUGUCCCCUGCAGAUCGGCUUCACCACCGACCCACGCAUGGCCCGCUCCUCACCCUACCCCACCGAUGUGGCCCGAGUCGUGAACGCCCCCAUUUUCCACGUGAACGCGGAUGACCCGGAGGCAGUCAUGUAUGUGUGCAAGGUGGCAGCCGAGUGGAGGAGCACCUUCCACAAGGACGUGGUGGUGGACCUGGUGUGUUACCGACGCAAUGGCCACAACGAGAUGGACGAGCCCAUGUUCACCCAGCCGCUCAUGUACAAGCAGAUCCGCAAGCAGAAGCCCGUGCUGCAGAAGUAUGCCGAGGUGCUGGUGUCGCAGGGCGUGGUCAACCAGCCUGAGUACGAGGAGGAGAUCUCCAAGUAUGACAAGAUCUGUGAGGAGGCCUUCACCAGGUCCAAGGACGAGAAGAUCUUGCACAUCAAGCACUGGCUGGACUCCCCCUGGCCUGGCUUCUUCACCCUGGACGGGCAGCCCCGGAGCAUGACCUGCCCCUCCACGGGCCUGACGGAGGACAUCCUCACGCACAUCGGGAACGUGGCCAGCUCCGUGCCCGUGGGGGACUUCACCAUUCACGGAGGGCUGAGCCGGAUCCUGAAGACCCGCGGGGAGCUGGUGAAGAACAGGGCCGUGGACUGGGCUCUGGCGGAGUACAUGGCUUUUGGCUCCCUCCUGAAGGAGGGCAUCCACAUCCGGCUGAGCGGCCAGGAUGUGGAGCGGGGCACUUUUAGCCAUCGCCACCACGUGCUGCACGACCAGAACGUGGACAAGAGAACCUGCAUCCCCAUGAACCACCUCUGGCCCAACCAGGCCCCCUACACCGUGUGCAACAGCUCGCUGUCCGAGUAUGGGGUCCUGGGCUUUGAGCUGGGUUUUGCCAUGGCCAGUCCUAACGCCCUGGUCCUCUGGGAGGCCCAGUUUGGUGACUUCCACAACACGGCCCAGUGCAUCAUCGACCAGUUCAUCUGCCCAGGACAAGCCAAGUGGGUGCGGCAGAACGGCAUCGUGCUGCUGCUGCCCCACGGCAUGGAGGGCAUGGGUCCGGAACAUUCCUCCGCCAGGCCGGAGCGGUUCCUGCAGAUGUGCAAUGACGACCCAGACGUCCUGCCGGACCUUAAGGAAGCCAACUUUGACAUAAAUCAGCUGUAUGAUUGCAACUGGGUUGUCGUCAACUGCUCCACCCCUGGCAACUUCUUCCAUGUGUUGCGUCGCCAGAUUCUCCUGCCCUUCCGGAAGCCGUUAAUCAUCUUCACCCCCAAGUCCCUGCUGCGGCACCCUGAGGCCAGAUCCAGCUUUGAUGAGAUGCUUCCAGGUACCCACUUCCAGCGGGUGAUCCCAGAAGAUGGCCCUGCAGCCCAAAACCCAGAAAACGUCAAGAGACUUCUCUUCUGUACCGGCAAAGUGUACUAUGAUCUUACCCGAGAGCGCAAAGCGCGGGAUAUGGCAGAGCAAGUGGCCAUCACGAGGAUCGAGCAGCUGUCGCCCUUCCCCUUCGACCUCCUGCUGCAGGAGGUGCAGAGGUACCCCAACGCCGAGCUGGCCUGGUGCCAGGAGGAGCACAAGAACCAAGGCUACUAUGACUACGUGAAGCCCAGGCUGCGGACCACCAUCAACCGCGCCAAGCCUGUGUGGUACGCGGGCCGGGACCCAGCGGCGGCUCCAGCCACCGGCAACAAGAAGACCCACCUCACGGAGCUGCAGCGCCUCCUGGACACGGCCUUCGACCUGGACACCUUCAAGAAGUUCUCGUAGAUGCUGCGUGGGCUGCCUGGGCCGCCCUCCACCUCACGACUGCCCCUUGCUUCUCCACUAAAGAAUAGUGCUCCGCGCUGCCCGCACCUCUGCCCGUCCCCGCACCACACGCGCCCCUCGCUCACUUAGGAAUUAGGCUGCUCUCCCCCUCACGUGCUCGGCUGCCCCCCAGGCCAGGUGCUCCCCAGGCUCUGACUUCUGUCCAGCUGAGCAGCCUUCACGGAGGCAGUGGGGAGCGGGAGGAGGAGAGGCAGCCCCCGCAGGCGUCCUGGGAGGGUCAGAUCUGCCCUCACCCCCCCAGAUCACCCCCAGGACCGGCCGCGUGUGGCGUACCCUUGUGCUGGCGGUCCUCGUCACCCAGCAGGGUGGCUUCCUCUCCUCGGGCUGAGCCCCAGGCCCCUCGGAGGAGCCACCACUGUCAGAGGCUUUGUGGGGUGGGAGGGUUCUGUCAGGACCCUCACCGUGCAGUAAGCAGAGGGCACUGCCGAGGGGUGGCUGGUGGAGACGGCCCGAGACUGACCUGCACAGAGAGGGCGGGUCCGCUCUCUUUAGCGUCCACUUCCUCCCCUCGAGAGGGUCCCGGGCCGUGCACAGGGGCCGUGCGUACUCCACCCGCCUGGGGCUGGGUGGCACCCGGGCCCGUGGGGUGGGGUGUGCGUGGCGGGAAGCGCCACCAGGGGCUCUAGGGCCGGGGCGCAGGCUGCUCAUCUGGGUCCUGCCCUCCCUUAACCUCCAGUUCCGCCUCCUUUCCUCUUUCCUUCGACACGAUGGAGACUCCGAAGCAUCCUUCUCUCUGCUGUGCCAAAGCUGGUCAGGAGGGGGAGAGGAGGGGCAGGGGUGAGGGGCGGCACCGGGCCCAGGGGCCAGCUCCCCUGACCUGUCACAGGGACAGAUCUGAUUUAUUUAUUUUGGUUAAAAAAAAAAAAUAACGAAAACAACUUUGCAUUGCAUUUGGCUUGACCCAUAAACUAAGUUAUCCUUGG